AGUGAAUGUGGCUGGACAUGGAUUACCUUGAUAAUGGCAAUAAUAAAAUGGCAAUCCAACAGGCAGACAAGCUGCUGAAAAAACACAAAGAUCUUCACUGUGCUAAGGUUCUGAAAGCAAUUGGCCUGCAGAGAACCGGGAAACAAGAUGAGGCGUUCGCUUUGGCUCAAGAAGUAGCAGCCCUUGAACCGACGGAUGACAAUUCAUUACAGGCCCUCACUAUCCUGUACCGGGAAAUGCAUAGACCGGAGCUGGUCACAAAACUCUAUGAGGCAGCUGUGAAGAAAGUUCCCAACAGCGAAGAGUAUCACUCCCAUCUCUUCAUGGCCUAUGCGAGGGUUGGAGAAUACAAGAAGAUGCAACAGGCUGGAAUGGCACUUUAUAAGAUUGUACCAAAAAAUCCUUAUUAUUUUUGGUCGGUGAUGAGCUUAAUUAUGCAGUCUAUAUCUGCACAGGAUGAAAACCUCUCAAAAACCAUGUUUUUACCACUAGCUGAAAGGAUGGUGGAAAAAAUGGUGAAGGAAGACAAAAUUGAAGCUGAAGCAGAAGUUAAGCUGUAUUACAUGAUUCUGGAACGUCUGGAGAAAUACCAGGAAGCCCUGGAUGUUGUCAGAGGAAAACUAGGAGAGAAGCUGACGAGUGAGCUCCAGUCCAGAGAGAUCAAGUGCAUGGAGAUGUACAGAAAGCUGGGCAAGUGGCCAGAGUGCAGCGCCCUCUCCAGGAAGCUCCUUCUGAAAAACCCGGAUGACUGGCAAUUCUAUAUCAUUUACUUUGACUCUGUCUUUCAACUGAUUGAUGCAGCCUGGACGCCUCCAGCGGAAGGGGAGCACUCUCUGGAGGGUGAAGUGCAUCACAGCAUAGAGCAAGCCAUGACUUUUGUAGAGCAGAGGAUAUCAAAAGAAUGCAACAGCACCCGGCCUCUCCGGGGACCAUACCUCGCCCGGCUGGAGUUGAUCAGACGCUUGCGGCACAGAGGGUGCAGUGAGGAACACAAAUUGGGCAAUCCAGAAGAACUCCUGUUCGAGUAUUUCAAACGGUUUGGGGAGAAACCCUGCUGCUUUACUGAUCUCAAAGUGUUUGUAGACCUCCUCCCAUCAACCCAGUAUACAAAGUUUAUCAACCAAUUGUUAGGAGUCAUCCCUCUGUCAGCACCAUCAGAAGGCAAACUCGCGCUGCCAGAAAGCAUCAAGGCUUUGCAACAGCAUUUGUGUGUUGUGCAGUUGACAAGGUUGCUUGGCCUCUACCACACAAUGGACAAAGCCCAAAAACUGGGAGCCGUCCGGGAUCUGAUGUUGCGGUAUCAGCACGGGUUAGAGCUUGGAAAAUCCUGUUUGAAAACAGAGUUGCAGUUUUCAGACUACUACUGUCUGCUUGCUGUUCAUUUGCUCCUUGACAUCUGGCUAGAGGCAGGUGAAGAGCCCGCUGCCUGGCAGUGCUUGACUUUGUUAGAAGAAGGGCUGACUCACAGUCCCUCGAACGCUCAGUUCAAAUUGCUGCUCAUCCGAAUCUACUGCAUGCUCGGGGCGUUCGAACCAGUUGUGGAGCUCUACUCCAGCCUCGACGCAAAGCACAUACAGCACGACACCAUUGGUUAUUUGCUGACGCGCUAUGCCGCAGCUCUCGGUAACUAUAUUGCUGCAUCGCAAUCCUGCAACUUUGCGCUCAGGUUUUUUCACUCCAACCAGAAAGAUACCUCAGAAUACAUUAUUCAAGCUUACAAAUAUGGUGCAUUUGAGAAGAUACCAGAAUUCAUUGCUUUCAGGAACAGGCUAAACUCCUCGCUUCACUUUGCACAAGUCCGCAUAGAGCGGAUGUUAUUGGACCUCUUACUUGAAGCAAAUAUAUCAGUGAGUUUGGAAGAAAGUAUAAAGUCCAUGAGUCUAAGUCCAGAAGAGGAUGACAUUCCUUGGAAAGACCUGCGGGAUAACAGAGACCUCACUGUCUUAUUCAGUUGGGACCCAAAAGACAGGAGCAUUUCUGAAGAACACAGAAAACUGUCACUGGAGGAAGAGACCAUUUGGUUGCAGAUCCGGUCUUUGACUUUAAGGCUGAUAAGUGGACUACCGGCUCUUGGGCACAGCGCUCCACACCCAAAGAACUCUGAAAAGACCACAGAGAAUGGCGUUUCCUCCAAGAUUGACACGGUCCGGGAUCUCCUGCAGCAGCUAGACGCGGCAGUGAAAUCUGGGAAGCAGUUUUUGGAGCAGAAGAUUCAGUAUCCAGUCCUCGGCCCUCCUCCUUCGCGAAUGGCCAGCUUUUUCAGCAGUGGAAGUUGCCAGUGUCAAACGAGCUUGUUUCAUCUUGUUAGUGAAAUCUAUGAACUAGAUACCAAUGGCUUAGAAGAUUCAACAGUAAUUCAAGAGAGAAUAGGGAACAGCUUUAAAUUGUUACUUCAACAGCUGACAGAUCUGUUCAGUACAUGCAAAGGGGACUUAUUGGAAGUCAGAGAAGGGAGCUUCAUGGUCCAUCCAAAUAUCUUAGAAAACCUUGUCUUCUUCCUUGAGACAAUCUCCAUUGUCCUGUGGGUGUGUAGUUACUCUGAUGCCGUCCUCCGACCUUGCAGGUCAAACUUGCAGAAGAAGAAAAAGAAGAAGAAAGAAAGUGCUGCCCUGCCCCCAGUAUUCUCCAGCUUCCAGGACUAUGUUUCUGGUCUUCAGACACUCACUUCCAAUGUGAUUGACUACAUCAAAGGGCUUGAAGUUACUCUAACUGCACUUAAACUUGAAGAGCUGUCCAUAGAAGACACUUUCUUGUCACCGGAAGAAAAAAAGUUUACAAAGACUGCGCUAGUGAAGGUCCAGAACAGUUACCAGCAUUCGAUUCAAGAAAUUGGCGAACUGCUGAAAAAAAGACUUGACAGUAUCAGAAACCUGAAAGUUUGAGGACACGCAUCUUGGACUCCAGAGGCCGGCCAGCGCCAGGCAAGAAUUGACAUCUGCUGCCAUACCUUUGAAGUUAAAAUCUGGAACUUCCUCAUAAAUGCAUGAAGGACUUUGGUCGUAAAAUAGUUUUUUUUAUGUAUUAAAAAGAUAUAUUCAAGCUGAUUAAAUUAUUGUACAUAAAACCAGAAGCAGGGACCCUCCUCAGCCAGGGUUAGACCACUUUUUAUACAUGUUCAUAAGCCUAUUGUAACAAAAAAAAACAACCCUGACCUGUUUCAUUUACCUUGGUGUGGGGGGAGCAUUCUCCAGAAACUCUUGGGGUGCUUGACGUCUUUAGAAGCAGCAAUAGAAAAUCCAGUGUAAAGCAUAUUUCAAAGGAGUUUGUAUUUUUCCAUUACACGGCAGUGUUUAUAGUUUUGCAUGUUGGUUUUUUGCCUUAGAAGAAGCAGAAGUCUGCAGGGUCUCUGUUCAGCUGUGAAACUCCCUGGGUGUCUCUUUCCACUACAGCACCUGCUUUGGUUGUGGAGCUGUCCGUCUGACUGUCAGUCUGUUCAUACGGCCACCCUAAAGACUGUUGUUGGGUGAAAGUGCUACCUAAGCAAGUUUCAGUUUUUAAGACCACUGAGUCUCCUUUUCCACUCUUGUCGGGAGAAAAGAACAAUGUUGGAGAAGGCUGUAUAAAUAUACAGGUUACUAAAGAUGAAGUGAGAGUUGCAAAAGGUGUUCAUCAGUCAGGGUGAAAGCUCAGUUUCUUAAGCUUUGGAUGAACAGAAACCCAAGUGUUAUUGCUCUCUGUCCUUGGGCAGUUUCAAAUAGUAUGGUGAAGGAGACAAGGUGCAUCAUUUGCGUAGUGCUUCCUCAUAAUUCUGGACUAGAUCCUGACCACUUUUCGGGAAGAUGCACGCAAGAUAAACUUCAGACAAGAAGUGUGGGGAACACAAGUAAACGGCUCAUUCUUGGGUGGCUGGGGUGGAGUGUUGCAUAUUUUCAUAGGUGCUCCAAAUUUUUGAAGGUAAUAUAAAGAACUUUCAGAUGAAAACCAGCCUGUCCAUCUUCCAGCGGCCGCAGCACCAGCUUCUAGCAAAGGAUGCUGCUCUUCACUUAUUUUUGUAGCUAGCCAGUUUUGAUUAUCCUGGUGCUGGGGCUGUUUUAUGGUGUCUGGUACCACUAAACCUGUUGGGGUUUUUUUUUUCAGAACAAAAGAAAAAUAACAGGUGUAACUUUAAAAAAUAAUACCAGCACUCUCCCCCCACCCCCACCCCCAAUCUCUUGUUCUGUAACGCACUCAACAUUGCCCGCGUAGGAUUCUGGAGCCUCUGCUGCCUGUGGCAAGACGGUUGCAAAGCACAACUGUACAACUAUGUAUGCCUUUCCUUUUUAUCAGCAGGGGGUCUUAAGGUUGGAAUCUUCACCCUUUAUCAGCCCCAUAUGCGGGGGUGGGGGUCACCUUUAAUCUGCAUUGAUUCUUCGUUCUUCCAGGCAGCUGACAGGGACUGAUAGAUCCUGUAGAUUCUUUGGAGAUAACUUCCCCCUUUUGAGUGACUGUCUUUCUGUCCCAGGGGGAAAGCAGCUGCUGCUCCCAGGGCUACAUAUCCAGGUGCUGAGAAGGAGUCUAGGAAAAUGUUGUGCAAGUCUGUAAUAAAUAGUUUGAUGUAAUUUGUUCCCAGGAUUGAUAUGCCUCGGAAUUGAAACCAACAUGUCAGUUCACCAUCCAAUGACACCAACCUAGACCCGGCCUUCAAGACCAGUUGUGAUUUAUAAAAGCACCAUCUGAAGGUAUUCUCGUCAGAAUAUUGCCAUAUUAUACUCACUCACUGAAAGAUAAAACCACAACGACCCCUUCUUCGGAUUGCACUGCCGGAGAUCAAACAAGAGUUGUGGUGGUAUUGACUGUUUGUGCCGGGAAUGUCUUUCUCCGUUGGAAUUGUGUGAGAAUUAUGUGUGGUGGCUCAUGGGCUCUGAAGUGUCUUUCAGCUAGCAGCUUCCCUCUGAACCAGGCCUGAGACCAAUUUGUGAGGAAAUCCAGCACCCCCACCUUAUUUUUUUCUCCUCCUUUUAAUUUACAAAUGUAGGGCUUUUAGAAUGCCAAACCCUGGAGCUGCCUUUUGUAUUUGAUGUUUUGAAACUGAAUUCUGAAAUGGCCUUCACACAAAAAAUUCAAUACCCAAUCUGGAGAAAAGGAUGCUGCUGUCUUCUUGUGUAGGUUAGGUGUAUACCCCACACUCUGUCUUCAGUUACAUAAGAGAGGCAACAUCUGAUUCCAACCUAAGCAUUCCUAGCAUUUCUGUCCAUUACAGGGAGUAAACUCUGCAACCCAAGAGUUUAGAUCUUGGUGAGCUGUGAAAUGAGUUCUUCUUAACCCCGUGGUUCUUUCCUUCGUCAAGGCACACACACCCUUCUGGAUUUAAUUUCGUGCUGCUGUUUAUCCCGUUUAUUUGUGGGUUAACUGGUAUGUGCAUAUAGAAGUGAGCUACCAAAACUACUGUUUACAGACUGAGAGAAAUUAAUUUUAUAUACUGUUGGGAUCAUGAGCCAGGAUCCUUCUGCAGCUGUCUUUUGCAACCAAAUUCUUUGAUUUAAGCCUGUUUUGUUGGGUGUAUCUUCAUGGGGUAAAGGUGAGGUGUGUUUUCAUUCAGCUGCCUCCCCUUUACGUGAAGCAAAACUAUAUCACUUUAACUGUGUUGCCCAUUGGAGGGUGGGGCUCUUAUAUCUUCCUUAGUAGCUUUGACCUGCUUAAAUUUUGCAUUUAUAUUUUGCAAUCGUUAUGUUUAAUCAUGAUUUUUUGGGGAAGGGGUUUUCUUUUAACCUAAAUAAAAAGGGGGUUUUCUGCUAUCUGCAGAAACCACCUUUGAACAUUUUCACUUCCUUGAUUGCUCUCUUUAAUUUAUGACUGUGGAAGGUUGUGUAUCACUUUGCCUCUGACAUAAUUAAGUGACAAAACUGCUAGUGAUCUGCUUUAAACUGGAUGGGUUUAUAAUUUAUAUUAAAAAGUCAGUUUCUUUA